AUGUUGCCUUCAAUUCCUAUAGGUAAACAACACUCUUCAACUCGAUCAGUUAAUGCUCUUCUAAUUAUUGAUGUACAAAAUGAUUUUAUUGAUGGAAGUCUUUCUCUUCGAAAAUGUCCAUCGAAACAUAAUGGUGAAGAAGUUAUUCCAGUUAUAAAUAAUCUUCUUGAUUCUAUUAAUUUCGACGUUAUUGUUUACACUCAUGAUUGGCAUCCAAGUGAUCAUAUAUCAUUUUUUGAUAAUAUUCAUCUUCGUUCACAUUAUCUUACUAAUGAUUCAAUACCUUUAACUGAUCUUCAAAUUUAUUCAACAGCAAUAUUUGAUAUUCCUGGUGUUCCUCGUAUGAAACAAGUUCUUUGGCCUGCACAUUGUGUUCAAAAUACUUCAGGUGCUGAAUUACAUUCUGAUUUGAAAAUAAUCAAUGAAAAUAAUACACAAAAUCUAUCAGUUAUUCAUAUUUAUAAAGGAACAAAAUCUAAUAUUGAUUCAUAUUCAGCUUUUUGGGAUAAUUUAAAAUUAAGUGAAACAAAUUUACAUAAAUUAUUAAUAGAAAAACAAGUUACUCAAGUAUUUCUUGCUGGUCUAGCAACAGAUUAUUGUGUAUAUUUUACAAGUAUUGAUGCAUUAGAACAUGGUUAUAAAACAUUUAUUAUUGAAGAUGCAUGUCGUGGAACAGAUCCAAUAACAAUUAAAGAAAAACUUAAUAAUUUUACACAGAAAAAUGGUCAAAUUAUUCAAUCAAAUCAAGUGAAAGACAAUAUAUAA